AUGCCUUCAAUCCGCUGGGACAGGAGAGCGUUGAUUGUGAUUAUUUUUGGGAUAGUGACUGCAGUGCUUUGGAUAUUAUGCAUUUGGCAGCUUGUCCUCAGGUAUAAAACAGAAACCUCAUCCUCAUCCUCAUCCUCUCUGCUCUGUGGAAACAAGGGAGAGUAUAAAAAUGGACACUGCUUUUGCACAGAGGAAUGGCUAGGACCAAAUUGUGAGACAGUUAAUUUCUGUGAAAAUAGUAUUUACUCAUUCAACUCUUCACAAAAGUUUACUUUUACAAGAAUUAUAGUAGACAGAUAUGGCUAUUCUGAAGAAAAAUGUGAAAAGUUCACUGUAAACGCUGGUACUCCAAAAGCAAGCCGGAAGUGCUCCAAAAUAGGAGAAAACCCUACUCUAGAUGAUGUGAAGCUUGUGAACUGCAGUACGAACCUGAAAAUCCUAAUGGAUCAGUUAAACAGUGCAGAUAAUAUUUCGUCCAUUGCCAGUAAUACCCAGAUUCUUACGUCUGUGCCGGAGAAACUGACCACUGAGAACAUCUCUACUGCUGCUGAUAUUGCAGGACAGAUUCUGAAAAAUUCUUCUCAGGAAGCUACUGCUACAGUGGCUGCAGUGGCUACAGUUAGCCAACUUUUGGAUGCCAGAGUGAGUGAAUUCAACGUUGCAGAUGAUAACCUUGCUGAUGUUACAGCAAACCUCACACAGACACUGGAAGAAUUCUCUUUGCAUGGCUCUGCUAUUCAGCCCAAUAUUGCAGUUAAGCACAUUUCAUUGAAGCCAACUAAAACAACAGCUUUUUUCUCUGCACAGACAGUAUCAGGAAGUUUACAGUCUGAAAAUAUUAAAGUAGAUGAAAAUAUCUCUGACUUGAAACCUAACAACAAUACAGAAGUUCAAAUAUUGAUCAACGUUACAAAGAACAACAGUUCAUCUGGAGAUGGAAGUAUUGGCUUUGUCUUGUAUCAAAAUGACAAUUUUUUCCAAUCAAAAAAUUACAAGACUCAUUUUAAUCAUGCUAAACAAAUUAUCUCUGGCCAUGUUGGUAGUAAUGCAACAGUCGAUGUUAAAAUGAUCUUCAACCCAAAGUAUGAUGCAUCGGAAAUGCUGCUGCACAAUUAUGCAUGUGUCUUUUGGGAUUACAGUGCAAAUGACUGGAGCACAACAGGCUGCACAAAAGAAGGAAACAAAACGGAAUUGAGAUGCAGGUGUAAUCACACUACUAGUUUUGCUGUAUUAAUGAGUUUCAAGAUCAAUUACAAAUACGCAAAACCUCUAGAGAUUGUCUCAAACAUUGGUAGUGGAUUCUCCAUUGCUGGUCUGGUUAUUACCAUUCUGUUUCAAAUUCUCACCAGGAAAACACGAAAAUUCUCAGUUACCUGGAUGUUGGUGAGUCUCUGCACAUCGAUGCUGAUUUUCAACAUCAUCUUCAUCUUUGGAAUUGACAACCCAAAUGCCAAGAAUAACAUUACUGUUUCCACCAAAAACACCUUACCGGACUCAGACCUGGUAGAUCCUCCUGAAAAUGCCUCGUGUACUGCUGUAGCUGUCUUGCUGCACUAUUUCUUGUUGGCAACAUUUAUGUGGACAGCGCUCAAUUCUGCACAUUUGUACUUACUGCUGCUUAAAACCCUGAGGCCCAUUCCUGGACACUUCACUUUAAUCAUGUCAAUAAUUGGAUGGGGAGUGCCUGCUGUAGUGGUUGCUAUAACACUUGGAGCUACCUAUAGAGAGGGCAAGCAAUUAAACUACCGACAGGAAGAGUUUUGCUGGCUUGCAGUCCUGGAUGACAAAGGGGAAGUGAGCAUAAAAAAGCCCAUGAUAUGGGCAUUCCUUUUGGUAGUGGCAGUCAUCCUUCUGUUUAACAUUAUCAUCUUUGUCAAGAUCACUGUCUUUGUUAUGUGGAAGGAGAACACAAAUCUGACAAGCAAUAAAAAGAAAUCAUUCAGAACGAAGAUAUUUGGCACUUUAUCUAUAGCUGUAGUGCUUGGAAUCACCUGGGUCCUGGGCUAUAUGAUGUUAAUAAAUCAAGAGGCAACAAAUAUUGUCUUCAGCAUUUUGUUCUGUAUUUUCAAUGCCACCCAGGGACUUCAGAUCUGUAUUCUAUACACUUUCAGAUCACCAAUCUUCAAGAAAAAGGUUACUGAGCUGUUUUCCUAUGUCUCACUGCCAGAUAUACCGAUUUCCCUGCAUUCAAAGACUUAUUAUCUUUUAAAAUUCCGUUAUAAAAAACACACAUACGAGAACUUCAAACCAUCUGAGACCUUUUCAGAGGAAAUCUCCUUUUCCAGCAAUGAUCAGACACCUACGAAGAAUUAA